GGGCGCGGAGCUGCGGCCGGGGAGGCGCGUCCCUAACGGCUCCCGCGGCGGUUCGAACUCGGUGCAGCCGGGGUUCACUUGUUCCCCGCGUGGAGUGUCUGAUGCUUCCACGCCCCGAGCUCAGGAGAGGGUCCGAGGCUUCCGAACGCGGACGAGAGGGCGGCGUGCGCUGUUGUCAGAAAUGGAAUCUAGUUCAUCAGACUACUGUAAUAAAGACAAUGAAGAAGAAAGUUUGCUUGCAAAUGUUGCUUCCUUAAGACAUGAACUGAAGAUAACGGAGUGGAGUUUGCAGAGUUUAGGGGAAGAGUUAUCCAGUGUUAGUCCAAGUGAAAAUUCCGAUUAUGCCUCUAAUCUUUCAAGAUCUGAAAAACUCAUUCUGGAAGAUCUUUCUCAUCCUACCCAGCUUGGACUUUUGAAUUACGUACCUUAUAAAAAAGUUUGUAAAAUGCCCACUGGCAGUACUGAUUUUCAAAAAAAGCCAAGAGAUAAGAUGUCUUUUUCAUCUGCCCCCAUGGACCAGGAGAUCAGAAAUCUUCGAGAGAAACUUAACAAACUCAGGCAACAGAAUGCUUGUUUGGUCUCACAGAAUCAUUCUUUAAUGACUAAAAUGGAAUCUGUCCACUUUGAAUUAACACAGUCAAGAGCAAAAGUUUCUAUGCUUGAAUCUGUUCAACAACAGGCAGCCAGUGUGCCAAUCUUAGAAGAACAGAUUAUAAAUUUGGAAGCAGAAGUUUCAGCCCAAGAUAAAGUUUUGAGAGAGGCAGAAGAUAAAUUAGAGCAGAGCCAGAAAAUGGUGAUUGAAAAGGAACAGAGUUUGCAGAAAUCCCAAGAGGAAUGUAUAAAGUUAAAGGUGGACUUACUUGAACAAAGUAAACAAGGAAAGAGAGCUGAACGACAAAGGAAUGAAGCACUAUAUAAUGCUGAAGAGCUAAGUAAAGCUUUCCAACAUUAUAAAGAAAAAGUGGCAGAAAAACUGGAAAAGGUUCAAGUUGAAGAAGAAAUAUUAGAGAAAAAUCUAAUUAGCUGUGAAAAAGAAAAUAAAAGACUACAGGAAAAGUGUGGUCUAUAUAAAAGUGACCUUGAAAUUCUGAAAGAGAAAUUAAGGCAGUUAAAAGAAGAAAAUAACAAUGGAAAAGAAAAAUUAAGGAUCAUGGCAGUGAAAAAUUCAGAAGUUAUGGCACAACUAACUGAGUCUAGGCAAAGUAUUCUGAAGCUAGAGAGUGAAUUAGAGGACAAAGAAGAAGUACUUAGAGAAAAAUUUUCUCUAAUGAAUGAAAACCGAGAAUUAAAGGUCCAUGUUGUAGCACAGAAUGAGCGACUGGAUUUGUGUCAACAAGAAAUAGAAAGUUCAAGGGUAGAACUGAAAAGUUUGGAAAAAGUUAUGUCCCAGUUGCCAUUAAAAAGAGAAAUGUUUGGUUUUAAAUCAUCUCUUUCUAAACACCAGAUGAGUAGUUUGUCAAACAAGGAAGACAAUUACAUUGGCUGCUGUGAGGCAAAUAAAAUGGUGAUUUCAGAAUUGAGGAUUAAGCUUGCAAUAAAGGAGGCAGAAAUUCAAAAGCUUCAGGCAAACCUGGCUGCAAAUCAGUUAUCUAAGAGUCUUCUUGCUUGUAAUGACAAACAAGAAAGUGGCAAAUUAAAUAGUUUAGAGACAGAACCGGUAAAACUAGGAGGUAAUCAAUUAGCAGAAAGAAUAAAAGACCAAAAUCAACAUACUGUGAAUAAGCAAUAUGAAAGAGAAAGGCAGAGACUUGCUUCUGGAAUAGAAGAACUACGUGCUAAGUUGGUGCAAAUAGAAGCUGAGAAUUCUGAUUUGAAGGUUAACAUGGCCCACAGAACUAGUCAGUUUCAGCUGAUACAAGAGGAGCUGCUGGAGAAAGCUUCAAACUCUAGCAAACUAGAAAGUGAAAUGACAAAGAAGUGUUCUCAACUUUUAACUCUCGAGAAACAGCUAGAAGAAAAAAUAGUUGCUUAUUCCUCUGUUGCUGCAAAAAAUGCAGAACUAGAGCAGGAGCUUAUGGAAAAGAAUGAAAAGAUAAGAAGUCUAGAAACCAAUAUCAAUACAGAACAUGAGAAAAUUUGUUUAGCUUUUGAAAAGGCUAAGAAAAUUCAUCUUGAACAGCAUAAAGAAAUGGAAAAGCAGAUUGAAAGACUUGAAUCUCAACUAGAGAAAAAAGACCAACAGUUUAAAGAACAAGAAAAGACUAUGUCCAUUUUGCAGCAAGAUAUAAUAUGUAAACAACAUCAUCUUGAAUCACUAGACAGACUCCUGACGGAAAGCAAAGGGGAGAUGGAAAAGGAAAACAUGAAGAAAGAUGAAGCUUUGAGAACAUUACAGAACCAAGUAUCUGAAGAAACAAUCAAGGUCAGACAACUAGAUUCAGCACUGGAAAUUUGUAAGGAAGAACUUGCCUUGCACUUGAAUCAAUUAGAAGGAAAUAAGGAAAAGUUUGAAAAACAGCUAAAGAAGAAAUCUGAAGAGGUAUACUGUUUACAGAAAGAACUAAAGAUAAAAAAUCAUAGUCUUCAAGAGACUGCUGAGCAGAAUCUUAUUCUACAGCAUACUCUUCAGCAACAGCAGCAAAUGUUACAACAAGAGACAAUUAGGAACGGAGAGCUAGAAGACAUUCAAACUAAACUUGAAAAACAGAUAUCGAAACUGGAACAAGAGCUUCAAAAACAAAGGGAAAGUUCAGCUGAAAAGUUGAGAAAAAUGGAGGAGAAAUGUGAAGCAGCCACACAUGAAGCCGAUUUGAAAAGGCAAAAAGUUAUUGAGCUUACUGGUACUGCCAGGCAAGUAAAACUUGAGAUGGAUCAGUACAGAGAAGAACUCUCUAAAAUGGAAAAAGAAAUAAUGUACCUAAAAAGAGAUGGAGAAAAUAAAGCAAUGCAUCUCUCUCAGUUAGACAUGAUCUUAGAACAGACAAAGACAGAACUAGAUAAGAAGACAAAUUCUGUGAAGGAAUUAGAAAAAUUACAGCACCACACUGAAACUGAACUCACAGAAGCUUUGCAGAAACGGGAAGCAUUAGAGUCUGAACUCCAAAAUGCGCAUGGAGAGUUAAAAAGUACUUUAAGACAACUUCAGGAAUUGAGAGAUGUACUACAGAAGGCUCAGUUAUCAUUAGAGGAAAAAUACACUACUAUAAAGGAUCUCACAGCUGAACUUAGAGAAUGCAAGAUGGAGAAUGAAGAUAAAAAGCAAGAACUCCUUGAAAUGGAUCAGGCACUUAAGGAGAGAAAUUGGGAACUAAAGCAAAGAGCAGCUCAAGUUACACAUUUGGAUAUGACUAUUCGUGAGCACAGGGGAGAAAUGGAACAGAAAAUAAUUAAAUUAGAGGGUACUCUGGAGAAAUCAGAAUUGGAACUUAAAGAAUGCAACAAACAGAUAGAAAGUCUGAAUGAAAAAUUGCAAAAUUCCAAAGAACAGCUUCGAGAAAAAGAGUUUAUAAUGCUACAAAAUGAACAGGAGAUAAGUCAACUGAAAAAAGAAAAUGAACGAACACAACAAAAGAUGAAAGAAAUGGAAAAUGUUAUGAAAGAACAGGAACAGUACAUUGCAACUCAGUACAAGGAGGCCAUAGAUAUGGAGCAAGAAUUGAGGCUAACUCGAGAGCAGAUGCAGAACUCUCAUGCAGAAUUGUUGGAGGCUCGUCGUCAACAAGUCCAAGCACAGAGAGAGGUAGAAAGGCUGUCAAGUGAACUGGAGGAAAUAAAGCAACUCUCUAAAGAAAAAGAAGCUCAUGGACACCAUUUAGCUGAAGAAUUGGGGGCUUCUCAAGUACGUGAAGCUCAUUUAGAAGCAAGAAUGCAAGCAGAAAUCAAGAAAUUGUCAGCAGAAGUAGAAUCUCUCAAAGAAGCUUAUCAUCUGGAGAUGAUUUCGCAUCAAGAGAACCAUGCGAAGUGGAAGAUUUCUGCUGACUCUCAAAAGAGUUCUGUUCAGCAACUAAAUGAACAGUUAGAGAAAGCAAAACUGGAAUUAGAAGAAGCUCAGGACACCGUAAGCAAUUUGCAUCAACAAGUCCAAGAUAGGAAUGAAGUAAUUGAAGCUACAAAUGAAGCAUUACUUAUUAAAGAAUCAGAAUUAACCAGAUUACAAGCCAAAAUUUCUGGGUGUGAAAGGACAGAAGACAUCAAGUUUCUACCAGCCCUGCUUACAUCCGCAACGGAAAUUAUGCCUGACAUUCAAGAUCCAAAAUUUGCUAAACAUUCUCACACAGCCUUUUUCAAGUGUAGAAAGCUACGUCGCUCUAUUAGUGCCAGUGACCUUAGUGUCAAGACACGUAGUGAUGAAGAUCUUUCUGAAGAAUUACUACAGGACUUAAAAAAAAUGCAGUUAGAACAGCCUUCAACAUUAGAAGAAAGCCAGAAGGAUCUGACUUACACCCAGUCAGACUCAUUUAAACCUCUCACGUAUGACCCAGAAGAUGAUAGUUCUGAGAGUAAUGACUUCAGUACUCUCAGUGGAAUGCUAAGAUACAUAAACAAAGAAGUGAGACUGUUAAAAAAGUCUUCUAUGCAAACAGGUGCUGGUUUACCUCAGGAUCUCUCUGGCUGUUUUAGGAAGAAUGAAUGACAAAGGAA